GAGAGAGAGAGAGAGAGAGAGAGAGUGAGUGAGUGAGUGAGUGCGUGUGCGCGCACCCCGCCCGCAACCGGCCCAUCCGUGUUAUUUUUUCCCCCACCAUCCCACCUCCGCUUUUCGGUCAUGACGCUGGAAGCGAUCCGCUACCGGACCGGGUCUCUGCAGAUCCUCAACCAGCUGCUGCUGCCUCACCAGACCGUUUACGACGAGAUCCGCUCGGUGCAGGACGCUUACGAGGCCAUCAAGUCCAUGAAGGUGCGGGGAGCCCCGGCCAUCGCUAUCGUCGGCUGCCUCAGUCUGGCUGUGGAGCUGCGAGCCGGAGCCGGCGGUGAUGACCCUGUGACCUUCAUCAGGGAGUCUUUGUGUCAGCUGACCUCAGCCAGGCCCACCGCCGUCAACAUGGGCCGUGCCGCUCGCGAGCUGAUGGAGUUUGCUGAGAACGAGAGCAUGGAGAAGAACUCGGAGCAGCUCAGAGAAAGUGUAAUUGCCUGGAUCGAAGACAUGCUGGAGCGUGACGUCAAUGACAACAGGAAGAUCGGAAACUACGGCGCCCAGCACAUCUUGUCUGGCGUCCCGAGGGACUCCGUGACCAUCCUCACACACUGCAACACCGGCUCGCUCGCCACAGCUGGAUACGGGACCGCGCUGGGUGUGGUGCGAAGCCUCCACGGGCUGGGCAGGCUGAAGCGGGUGUACUGCACAGAGACGAGGCCGUACAACCAGGGAUCCAGACUCACGGCGUACGAGGCGGUAGCAGAGGGAAUCCCCGCUACGCUCAUCACAGACAGCAUGGCGGCCCUCACCAUGAGAGAAAUGGACAUCACAGCCGUGGUGGUGGGUGCAGACAGGGUGGUUGCCAACGGUGACACAGCCAACAAGGUGGGCACGUACCAGCUGGCCAUCGCCGCCAAGCACCACGGGAUUCCCUUCUAUGUGGCCGCACCCAGCACGUCGUGCGACCUGAGCCUGGAGAGCGGCAGGGACAUCAUCAUCGAAGUGCGCCCCCCCGAGGAACUCACCAGUAUAAACGGAGUCUCCAUUGCUGCCCCAGGUAUCGAGGUGUGGAACCCAGCGUUCGAUGUGACCCCUCACCAGCUCAUCACAGGAGGCAUCAUCACAGAGCUGGGAGUCUUCCUCCCCUCUGAGCUCCAGGCGGCGCUCACCGGCCGCCUCACUGCCCUCUAGAGCCCCUCCAGCUGGUCCGUGUGCGCCACUGCACCUUAACGUCACACACUCAAAGACACUCUCAUUUCAUCACAGAACACACACACACACACACACACACACACACACAUUCAUGGUUGUGGUUUAAUUUAAUUUUGGUAAACGCACAGUCACUGUUUCAUGUCAGUGGUGCGCACAGAAGAAAAAUAAGUCACACACACACACACACACAUUGCAGGGAGUCAAGCAGACACAUUGCAGUCUCCCCUUUCUUCUCUAUACCUCUUUUUUUUCCGUAAUCUCUCCAUUCUCACCUUUUCCCCGAGUUUUACAUCUUGUCCUUCAUUCUCUCCUGCCGCCUCUCUCUCUCUUUCUAAAUGGCUUCUGCAACAAUGAAUAGCGCUCAUCUGGACUCCAAUCCUUAAAUUAUAUUUGGCAAACAAAUGUUAUGAGUCAUAACUGAGGUAAAUUUCCAGGGCUUCUUCAACUGCAGACAAAAAAACCAUGCAAAAACUCUACCACAGCAGUGACAUGACUGAUAUUUCGAUUUCAAAGGUUUUCAAAGUUGUGAUUUUGAUCAGCCAGGGUUUCUAAAAUGCUGCUACCCACUUGUAAAUAUACAUGUCCCUGCUGGUAGUGUGUACAUAUGUAGAAAACUAACCCCUGCUAGUAAAAAGUAGUUAUUUUAACCAAAUAUGUGGUUAUUUGAAAUUACGAGCUGACAUCAAAAAUGUUAUAUUAACAUUUAACUUCUGUUUUUUCUGUGUAGAUACUUUUGUAGGGGUAUAAUCCAAAUUUGUAGCUCAGUGAAAUGAAAAGUCGUAUUUCAUUCACUUUUUACCCAGCGCGGCAAAAUUUUGAACAAGUGGAAUUUCAUGAUGGGCCCUCGUUAGUCAGCUGAAGCCUCUAACAGUACAUGGCUGUAUUUAUACCUCACUCCUUGUUUGCAUCUUGCUAUCGCCAGUUGUACUCUAUCAUACAUACACACACAUACACAUAUAUUGCCAUACUUAUUUCACACCAUACUGAUAUUCACUAUACUGCACUGGACACUCUUUGAGAUUGGUGUCAUUUUCGCCAGAACAGCUUUUGCUGUGAGUUAUGAUAUCUGUUACGCUGUUUUCUUUCUCUAAUGUAGAUAAAGCUAAUAAAGGAACAGUUCAUCCCAAAAUAA